GCUACAUAUCCCUCUCAUCGUCCUACUUCUUAGCCAUGCCCUCUGCAACCUCUACCAUCGGCUUUACUCUCGCCAAUGCUGGCCCUGCACCGGCCACGUACUCUCUUGCUGCCUCGUGCACCGAAUCCAGCUUCCAAAUCGCCACAACUACCUCUGAGAAUCCUGCGUGGGCCAACCAAUGUUCCGACACGGCAUGGAACGCAAAGUGCGGUAUUCCUCCAACCGACUCGGCCCUGGCAAAGGAGAUGACCUCAAAUUGGUAUAUUAUCCCGUAUUACUCGCCUGGCCCAUCCUGCCCCGAUGGUUGGAAAACCGUCGGUGCCGUUGGCCGCCCCGGCCAGGGCCCAGUCACGUCGUCUGGCCUACUCAAGGCCGACGACUAUGACGAUUAUCUAGACGUCGAGGCCGGGCGGCCGUACGCAUAUAAGCUACGGAACGUAUUCGGGGCCCUACUAGACCCGGAGGAAACCGUAAUCGCAUGCUGUCCCAGCUCGAUGACCGUGGGCUCCGGUACUACCAGCUGCUACUCAACACUACCCCCGCGCCCGAUAUCCACCGGCUGCGUCUGGGAGUAUGCCCGAGUUUAUGGCUCUCUGGAACCUACAACCACCUCGUUUGUACUACACGGGGUUACAACGACGGGGGUGCUAAAGCCAAAAGUGCCCACUACUCUCAUGACGCCAACCCCCGUCAUCACGACAUUCAGCGACAGUGAGACUUCUGGCCUUAUACCUGUGUCAGCGGCCGGGCCGAUCUACCUGAUGCAUAAGCCGUCUGAUGUAUCGGGCUCGAAUCCGGACACGGACGCCGGGACAAAUACUGCGUCGGCGCUUCGGGUGGAUUGGUCGACCAGGGGCAUUAAGGUGGUCGGGGCUUUGACGGUUUCAUUUGCUUUAGGUAUGGCACUCGUAUUACCUUGGUGA